GUUUGCUAAGAGACGCACCGCUCGGCCUGGUCCAACACUGCGUGAUACUUGACAGUUCCAGUCUUUCUUCCGACAAGGGUCCUAAAGCCCAGCGGCAUGGAGCAACGCACAACUCUUCCAAACAGAAAGCGCGGUGGUGCGCGGAGAAAGGCCUGCAAUGAGUGCAAACAGCACAAAAUUAGAUGCGACAGCGCCAGACCAUCUACAGAGCCUUGUUCACGUUGUCGACGACUACAAAUUGAGUGCAAGAUUGAACCAUCCUUUCGACGUACCAUGAGAAGGAAACGGAAUGCGGAGAUGGAGAGCGAGAUUGCCGGACUCCGCCAACGCCUGGCUACUGGCGUUGCCGAUGCGGGCUCUCAGUAUUCAGAGGAAGGAAAUUUGGGUACAGCAUCUGGUUUGGAAGUUGCAUUGUCUAGUCAAUCUAGUAACCCCGAAAAUACCGGACUAUACGGAUGGACGCCGUUGGCCUCUUUGAGCGAGAGACCAUCUAGAGCGUCAGAAGCAGACUUCUGGAAACUUGAAGACGUUUCGCUUUCUCAGAGGCAAGUAGCAGAGUUGUUUGAGCAAUCACCCUUGGACUAUCUUCGGUCCUGCCCAUUGCAAGCAUGGACCGUCAUUUGUAUCGCCAGUCGACGGGAUGCAUCAAAUCCCAAUUUCCUCAACCAACUCUUAGGCCCAUUCACACGACUUAUGUGGGCCACAGUGAACAGUAUACCGCAGGACUAUAAUGUGAUCAAAGCUCUUUGCCUGCUAUGUACCUGGCCACUCCCCACAACCACUCAAAAGGCAGAUCCCACGUUUGUACUCAGUGGAAUCAUGAUGCAGCUAUCGAUGCAAUCAGGAUUGCACCGGCCAGUACGGGCGGAGGAGUUCACCACGCUGCAUAUAAGCCACGGCGAAGCUGUUAGGGACCGCCUACAGACUUGGCUUGUCUGUAAUAUAGUAGCUCAGAAUGUCUCUACCGGAUAUGGACAGCCUUCAGGGACAGUGUACGACUGGGCUCUUGGGCCAUCCUCACUGCAGGAUGCUGAAUACUUCCCUUCAGAAGACCUUCUUGUGCGCUUUCGCAUAGAGAAGUUCUGUGAUCACGUUACAAGGACUGUCUAUAACACCAGGCCAGAGGCCGCAGAUUUUAUCAGUACGGAAAAACUCAUGAUUGUGCAGCUCCUGGAGAACGAACUCGAGAAUAUGGAAACUGAGCUAGGAAGGAACAUAUCCCGUAUAAAUAAAACCUACCUGCGCGGCGCAGAGUUGCACCUCCGAUGUUUCGUGUUUUUGGGCACAAAUGCACGAAAGGAAGGCUUCACAAAGCUAUUCGUCGCGGCCACAGCAUUCCUCUCCCAAGUCCUGGAACUAGAAACAUCAGGCCAAAUUGGUCAUGCGACAAAUUAUAUUCUGCAGAUGACUGUCUCUGCGGCCUUUGCACUGCUGAAGAUUUUGAAAAGCCGCAUUCGACACCAGAUCGAUUUCGAAUACGGCAAGUUACUUUUCAACGGAGCGAUUUCGGCGCUGCGACGGACUAGUGUGAUGAGACGGGAUCGCCCAGAUCGCCUCGCAGAUGUGUUGGCGCAGAUGUGGAAUGCCACCGACACUGCAUCGUGGCCGUUUGACGAAGAAGAGACGCCGCAGCUUAAAAUCCGCUGUCGGAUGAGCAUGAGUCAUGUGUUCGAUACCGUUUGGCGCUGGCGCCACCAGUUUCGGGCGGGUAUGAAUGCUAAUGGGGUUCAAUGUGCUACUGCAGCUAAACCGAACGAAGAGGGUGGCACGAGGGGCGGACAGUCUGAUGGACCGCUGAUGGAUUCUUUAUUCAUGUGUCCGCCACAAGUCAACGAGGGAACCGCAAUGCCUACUGACGGUGACUUCUCUGAGAUAUUUGAUUCUCUUGUUUUGGUUUUUGAUGACGUUCCUGAUGCGAUGGUUAACCCACCGCUGCUUUGAGUUCUUGAAUAGCCAUUUCCUUCUUGAUUGCAGAUGCGCGAAAAUUGCCUGUGAAGUGACGAAUUGGUGGCGAGAUUCGUGAAGUACAAACGUGGCACUGGAACAAGGCGACGAAAAUAUAGAUGGUCGAAAUGUGAGUGAAAAAGACCACAUUUUUUGGGGGCAUUACUGUACAAACGCGGUUCCGAUU